AUGGUUAACGCUAUCUUGUCCAAGAAGAGAAAGCUUGUCGCUGACGGUGUCUUCUACGCCGAAUUGAACGAAUUCUUCGCCCGUGAAUUGGCCGAACAAGGGUACGCCGGUGUUGAAGUCAGAAAGACCCCCACCAAGCUCGAAGUCAUCGUCAAGGCCUCGAACACUCAAGGUGUUUUGGGUGAACAAGGUCGCCGCAUCCACGAGUUGACCUCGCUCAUCGUCAAGAGAUUCAAGUUGCAACCCGAAGGCAUUGUCAUCUACGCCGAAAGAGUUGAAGAAAGAGGUCUCUCCGCCGCCGUGCAAGCCGAAGCUUUGAAGGCUAAGUUGUUGAACGGUUUGCCCAUCAGAAGAGCCGCCUACGGUGUGCUCAGAUUCGCCAUGGGUGCCGGUGCCAAGGGUGUCGAAGUCGUCAUCUCGGGUAAGUUGAGAGCCGCCAGAGCCAAGUCGCAAAAGUACAUGGACGGGUUCAUGAUCCACUCGGGUCAACCCACCCGCGACUUCAUCGACAUUGCCAUCAGACACGUGUUGAUGAGACAAGGUGUGUUGGGGAUCAAGGUCAAGAUCAUGAAGGACCCCGCCACCAACCGUGUCGGCCCCAAGGCGUUGCCCGAUGCCGUCAAGAUCUCCGAAGCCAAGGACGAAGACGAAGUCAUCCCCGCCCCCACCGUCAAGGUCUACAACCAACCCGAAGCCGCUCAAGAAGCUUAG